AUGAGCUGGGCAGUGUCGGUGCAGCCUCAGGCUCUGGUCGUCUCCUCCAAUGAGGCUGAAUGGACGUCAGGGAUCUGUGACUGCUGCCACGACAUGAAGCAAUGCUGUUGUGCUUUCUGGUGCUGUCCCUGCUUCGCCUGUAAAACCACUAAAGAGUUCGGUCAGUGUCUCUGUCUCCCCCUGCUGGACGUCUGCGGCUGCGUCCGUCCCAUCACCAUGUCCAUGAGAGUCUCUGUCCGCCACCGCUACGGCAUCAGAGGCAGUCUGUGCAGCGACUGUCUGUGCUCCACCUUCUGUCCUCCCUGCGUCUGGUGUCAAAUCUCCACAGAGAUGAAGAAAAGAAAAAUCCCCACUGUGCUGAGUGACAUCAUCCAACGCUGA